AUGGCCUCCGUCGCCUCCGCACGCGCGACGAAGGCGCUCGCGCUGAGCUCGCGCGCGCGCGUCUCCGGGCCCACGACCCGCGCGCUCGCGCCCGCGUCCACGUCCGCGACGCGCCCCCGCGCGCGCCGCGCCGGGGGUCUCGACGUCCGCGCGGACGGCGGCAGCGGCAUCGAUUUCCGGGGAUUCCCGUACGUCAUCGCGCGCAAGGCUGGCUUCGACACGAGCGAGGGCAUCGCCGGGUUCACCCCGUUCGCGGAGCUGUUCAUCGGAAGAACCGCGAUGGGCGGCUUCGCGACCGGGUGCAUCCAAGAGCUGUUGACCGGGGACGGCAUCCUCGCGCAGCUCGGGCUCGUGCAGGAGGGCGUCCCGAACGAGUUUCUGUUUCAAUUUUUCAUCGCGUUCCUCCUCGGGAGCUCCUUCACCGGGUGCUUCGUCACGUUCAAGCAGUUCGCGGCGAACGAGGUGAGCGAUAAGCAGCGGCGGCGGUACCAGCGGUUCUUCGGAUUAGACGCGUCCACCGAGCGCGCGCGCGCGGAGGCGGAGCGCGCGGGGAAGGACGCGGCGGACGAGGGGGCGCAUCUCGCGACGGAGUUCUCCGCGACGCUCGCCGCCGCGGGGGACCAGAUCGACCCCUCCAUGGCGACGAUCGACGAGAGCGACGAUACGAUGACGCCGAAAGAGACCGAGGCGGUUAACAUGGCGUACCUGAAGAAGGUGGAGCUGAACAACGCGCGGUGGGCGAUGGUUGGUUUUUUCGCCGCCGUGUUGAUCGAGGCGCGCACGGGCGCCGGCGUGAAGGACCAGUUGAUCAUGUACGCGAAGAUGACCGGGGUGUUGGGGCCGGACAGCGGGUUUUGA